AUGUGGCUCUACCGGGGCGCGCAGUCGGCCGUCUUCUACUAUGCCACUUGCACCCCGUGUGCUAUGAGCAUUGACCGUCGCAAACGCAAGAAGGAUGCUGCUCGAACACAACGCCUGAAGGAAAAAUACGACCCCGAGAUCGUUACCGACCAACCUCAGCCGUUCCCCCAGCCGACUCCAUUCAGUACCAAUGCAGGGUGGCGGGAGGAAAUUGUCCUCGGCCCAGGCCCUCCAACUCGCCGCGGUGGCAAUCGCAAUCCUCAACGGACGAAUAGUUGGAAAUCAGACGACAGUUUGCAAGUGAAAGAUAAGAGUGGGAGCUUGAUGCACCCGAUCGGCGAACGCUGGAAUCGCCUACGAAACCAACGCGAAGAUGAACCCCUCUGGGGUCAGGAAUUGGAAGUACGCGGAUCGUCCAUUGGAUUCUCAGGUCGUGGCCGUGCAGACCCUUAUGAGCCCUCUAAGUAUUACACUGCUCGUGUACCCCCCGUCAACGAUCUUCACCCACCAAUCGUGAGCGGCCCGAUCAGCCGCGCCGAAACUCGAUGGAUGCUCCAACCACCACCUAGCGCGAGGGUCAUGGCUGGCAAAGAAAGUUUCGCCAAUUCGCCUCGCGACAGUGUAGGUGGUUUACCUGGCGACCGUUUAUCUCGUGCCACCCAGCACGGCUCUCGUCGGAACGAGCUACUGGCCGCGGCGCGUGUCAGUAACGAUGGAACCCCCGAUAGCGAUCCUACUCAGCAGACUCUACCACGACGGCCAUCAGUAACCCGCUUGCGUGAUCGCUCCAAUAGUUUCUCACGUGAAGACUUUGAAUAUUCACGGCAUUCUCGAUCCGAUUCCAUGUUCUCGCUGGCCAACAGCGACGACCUCUCUCCCAGUUCUUCUUGGAAAUAUCCCGACACCCCUGAAACACGACGGGCGUCUAAAUCAAUUGACGAUAGUGAUAAAAUCCCGCAUCGUCCGCAAAUAUCUAAAACCCUCUCAACCUUGCAAAGACCUGAUAAUAAACACAAGGUCCAUCUUCUUCACCUCGAGAUUAACGAUGACAAUCCCGAUGAGGUCGGCCUCGGUCAACUAGAACGCAUUCGCCCGUGGCGCUGGAGCAUGGAUAUUUAA